AUGCACAGGUAUCUCAAGCAGUCGCUCGAGACCCUGUUCAAGAACAACAGGGAGUGGGCUCUCUCCAAGAGAAGCACGGAUCCCGCGUUCUUCGACAAGCUUGCCGAUGGACAGGAACCAGACUAUCUCUACAUUGGCUGCAGUGACAGCCGCGUCCCCGCCAAUGAAAUCAUGGGUCUCGAGGCCGGUGAAGUGUUUGUCCACCGCAACAUCGCCAAUCUCGUCCCCAAUACCGACCUCAAUGUCAUGUCCGUAAUCAACUACGCAGUACGGCAUCUGCACGUGAAGCAUAUCAUCAUUUGCGGUCACUACAACUGUGGAGGGGUCAAGGCCGCUCUCACUCCCGCGGACUUGGGGCUUUUGAAUCCUUGGCUGCGAAACAUUCGCGAUGUCUAUCGCCUGCACGAGAAAGAGCUUGACGCGAUCGCCAAUGAAGGUGACCGGUACAAUCGACUCAUUGAAUUGAACGUCAUUGAGUCUUGCCGAAACGUCAUCAAGACUGCCGCGGUCCAGCAGAGCUACCAACAACACGGCUAUCCCAUCGUGCACGGCUUGGUUUUCGACCUUCGUGACGGUCUCUUGAAGGAUCUUCAAGUCGAUUUUGAGAAGACACUGGCGGAUGUGAAGAAAAUUUACUGCCUCUCCCCGGGUCCUAAACCUAAAUCAGAAGAGCAAGAGUGA